AUAACAAAGGGAAAAAAAAAAAACACAGAAACGAAACGAAACCCUCUUCUGCUAUUUUUUUCACUCUCCCUCUCUUCUCCGUUGAAAACCCCUCCACAUGAAUUGAACUCAACACGCAAACGCUGCGGCACUUCAACACAUAAACGACGCCGUUUUGUUGACCGCAGGGAAGAAGAAGAACAACAACAACAUAGCAUGGCUCAGAAGGCUCACCUUCAGCUCAAGGAGCUGGGAUCCAAGCUCGAAUCUCUUCCUUCCGACGACGACUCUCUCCUCACCCUCCUCGAGCAAGCGGCAGGAUGCCUUACAGAGUUAGAUCAAUCACCAUCAGCUUCAAAACUGGAGUCAAUGAAGCCCUUUUUUAAUGCAAUUGUUAAGCCUGAACUACUGAAGCAUGAAGAUCGGGAUGUUAAGCUUCUAGUUGCAACAUGUCUCUGUGAGAUAACUCGGAUCACUGCACCUGAGGCUCCUUACAGUGAUGACGUGCUAAAGGACAUCUUUCAGUUGAUCGUGAGCACUUUUAGUGGUCUAAGUGAUACUGAUGGUCCAUCUUUUGGCCGGAGAGUUGCUAUGUUGGAUACUCUUGCAAAAUAUAGAUCGUGUGUUGUAAUGUUGGAUCUUGAAUGUGAUGAUCUAGUGAACGAAAUGUUCAGAAUUUUCUUUGCGGUUGCUAGAGAUGAUCAUCCAGAAAGUGUUCUGUCGUCCAUGCAAAUGAUAAUGGUUGUUCUCUUAGAAGAGAGUGAGGACAUCCACGAGGAUCUUUUAUCAAUUCUUUUAUCUACACUAGGCCGUGAAAAAGGAGAUGUUACGGAUGCUGCAAGGAAGCUUUCUAUGGAUGUCAUUCAGCAAUGUGUGGGAAAACUGGAACCUAGCAUUAAACAAUUUUUCUUAUCCCUAAUGUCAGGAGAUAGCAAGCUGGUGAACAAUCAAGUUCAAUACCAUGCAGUUCUCUAUGAUCUCUAUUGCUGUGCUCCUGAGGUCCUAUCUGGAGUUCUUCCAUACAUAACAGGAGAGCUAAUGACGGAUGAGCUGGAAACUCGUAUGAAAGCAGUGAACAUGGUUGGCGAUAUAAUUGCUCUUCCUGGAUCUUCCAUUCCUGAAAUAUUUCAGCCUGUAUUUUCUGAAUUUUUGAAAAGGUUGACUGAUAGAGAUGUUGGGGUUCGCAUGUCUAUCAUUAAGCAUGUAAAGAGCUCCUUGCUGUCAAAUCCUUUUAGGGCUGAAGCACCUGCAAUAUUCUCUUCCCUUUGUGACCGGAUGCUGGAUUUGGAUGAAAAUGUUAGAAAGCAAGUUGUGGCUGUUAUCUGCGAUGUGGCAUGUCAUGCACCAAAUGCUGUUCCUCUUGAAACAUUAAAACUUGUUGCAGAACGGCUUCGUGACAAAUCUCUACUUGUUAAAAAGUAUACCUUGGAAAGAUUGGCUGACAUAUAUAAAGUCUGUUGUGAGAAAAGCUCCGACACAGUUAAUCUCAAUGAAUAUGAUUGGAUUCCAGGGAAGAUCCUUACAUGCUUCUAUGACAAAGAUUUCAGAUCAGAUGUAAUUGAAUCUGUUCUAAGUGGGUCUCUGUUUCCAUCAGAGUUUUCAACCAAUGAUGUAGUUAAACGUUGGAUUGAGAUUUUCUCUAAAUUUGAUAAGUUAGAGGUCAGGGCUCUUGAAAAGAUACUUGAACAAAAACAAAGGUUGCAGCAAGAGAUGCAGAAGUAUCUUGCUAUGAGGCAGACGAGUCAGGAUAAAGACAAUCCUGAGGUCCAAAAAAAGAUUGCAUUCUGUUUCCGAGUAAUGUCCCGUUCUUUUUCUGACUCUGCAAAGGCUGAAGAGAAUUUCCAGAUUCUUGAUCAAUUAGAAGAUGAGAAUGUCUGGAAAAUUUUGACGAAUCUUGUUGAUCCAAAUGUUAGCUACCAUCAGACCCGUGUAUACCAGGAAGAUCUGCUUAAAUUACUUGGUGAGAAACAUCAGCUCUAUGAAUUUCUGGAUACAUUCUACGUGCAAUGCUCAUAUCUGCUUUUCAACAAGGAGCAUGUCAAAGCUAUUCUUUCAGAAAUUGUUAAACAUAAAGCUGCAGAGAAUGAACAACGGAUACAGUCCUGCAUGAAUAUGUUGGUGAUAAUUGCUCGUUAUAGUCCAGUUCUUUUUAGUGGCAGUGAGGAGGAGCUGGUGAAUUUACUUAAGGAUAAUAAUGAUGUGAUCAAAGAGGGGGUGUCAAAUGUUUUAGCCAAGGCUGGUGGUACUAUUCGUGAACAACUCGCAGUUACAUCAAGCUCUGUCGAUCUUAUGUUGGAGAGAUUAUGUUUGGAAGGCAACCGGAGACAGGCCAAGUAUGCUGUGCAUGCCCUGGCUGCAAUAACAAAGGAUGAUGGCCUAAAAUCUCUCUCUGUUCUUUACAAGAGGCUUGUGGAUAUGCUGGAGGAGAAAACUCAUUUACCUUCGGUACUACAGUCUCUGGGGUGCAUAGCACAGACUGCAAUGCCUGUUUUUGAAACAAGAGAGAGUGAAAUUGAAGAGUUUAUAAUAAACAAGAUACUGAAACAGGAUAGUAAAGAAGAUUACACGAGAGCUUCAUGGGAUGACACAAGUGAUUUAUGUAUGUUGAAGAUAUAUGGAAUUAAAACCAUAGUGAAGAGCUACAUGCCAGUUAAAGAUGCUCAUGUUCGUUCUGGUAUUGAUAGUCUCCUGCAUAUCCUUAGAAACAUGCUUUCCUAUGGUGAAAUAUCAAAGGACUUGCAGUCCAGGGUUCAGAUGCUACAUAGUAUGCCUUCAUAUAUGUCCUCUUGCAGUUCAGUUGAUAAAGCCCAUUUGAAGCUUGCUGCUGCCAAGGCAGUUCUUCGUUUGUCAAGGCUCUGGGAUCAUAAGAUGCCUGUUGAUAUUUUCCACUUAACUUUGAGGGUGUCAGAGAUUGGCUUCCCUCAAGCUAGGAGCAUUUUCUUAAGCAAAGUUCAUCAAUAUAUAAAAGACAACCUUUUGGAUGCCAAAUAUGCUUGUGCCUUUGUAUUCAACAUAUUUGAGUCCAAGCCAGAGGAGUUUUCAGAGGAUAAGCUGAACCUGGCUGACAUUAUUCAAAUGCUUCAACAAGCAAAGGCACGACAGCUUUCUGUUCAAUCAGAUGCAAAUCCCUUGACCACAUACCCUGAAUACAUCCUUCCAUUCCUAGUUCAUGCACUUGCUAGCAUAUCAUGUCCCAAUGUUGAUGAGUGCAAGGAUGUUGAAGCCUAUGAUAACAUAUACAGGCAGUUGCAUUUGGUGCUAUCAAUGCUAGUCCAAAUAGAUGAAGAUGUCAAAUCAGAAUUAACUACUAACCGGGAGAAGGAAAUCAUAUCUACCGUCACAUCUAUUUUUCAGAAUAUCAAGCACUCUGAAGAUGUAGUUGAUGCAUCUAAGUCAAAGAAUUCUCAUGGCAUAUGUGACCUUGGGUUAGCAAUCACUAAGCGACUGGUACAGAAGGAUGUUGAUUUACAAGGGUCUUCUCCUUCAAUUUCUCUUCCUCCAAUACUAUACAAAAUGCGUGAGAAGGAAGAUGACACGGUAAGUGAAGUGAGAACCUGGUUGGCUGAUGAAAGUGCCAUGACUCACUUUGAAUCACUUGAAUUAGAAAUGGUUCCAUCUCAGUCAGUUGAGGGCAAUGCUUUAAAGGACAGUGAAAAAGAUGGAAAUGAAAUGCCUCUGGGGAAAAUAAUGAAGAACAUAAAAUCAAAGGGAACCAAGGUCAAAAAAGUUAACAAGAAGAAGUCUGUGCCGGCUGAAACAAAGAAGGCUGAAAAUGAUAUUGAUAUCUUAAAUAUGGUCAGAGAAAUUAACUUAGAUAACUUGGGGAUAUCUACUAACUUUGAGUCAAGUAAUGGUCAUGAACAUUCUUUGAGCAAGAAGGAGCAAAAUGAUCCAGAGUUUAUAGCUAGAAAGAGAAAAGUUGAAGAAGCAUCAUCUGUUCCAGUGCCUAAACGUAGGCGAACUUCUUUGACUCAUGGUAAAUUGAGACCAAGUAGUACAUCAAAGGCUUCUCAAAUAGUUUCAGGGGAAGAGUCCUCUAGAGUGAAACCACACUUGGAAGCAAAACUCAGCCUUGAUACAGAUAGCAAAGCUCUGCCAAAAAAAAUGGUCAAAAGCAGUGAGCGCUCGAUAAAACCUAAAGCUAAGGCCUCUAAGAGCUAUCACAAUGACAAGGCCAUCAAAUUUGAUGAGCACGACAAGAGUCUUGAUGAUUUAAAAAGAACUGACAAGGUUGAAAAUGAAAAUCUCAAAUCAUCAAUUGGGUCUCCCAAAAAGCUUAAAAGAAAAAGUAUUGGAGGAUUGACCAAGUGCACAAUGAAGGAAGAUGAUAGUGAGGCUGAAAAUCUAAUUGGCUGCAGGAUUAAAGUUUGGUGGCCAAUAGAUAAGGAAUUUUACGAGGGAACUAUUAAGUCAUAUGAUCCUUCAAAGAAGAAGCACGUGAUAUUAUAUGAAGAUGGAGAUGUAGAAGUGCUACGCUUAGAAAAGGAGCGCUGGGAGCUCAUUGACAAGGAUCGCAAAUCUACUAAGAAGAUGAAGCCUUCGAAAACUCUCUCUACUCCUGAAGCGUCUAUGGGGAAGAAACAGAGAAGUUCAAGUGUUUCAGCCAGUAAAACGACCAAAACAAUAGCUAAUGGCAAACAAUCUCCUGCCAAACAUGUAAAACGUGGACAAAAAGGCGCAUCACAGGGCCAUCUCCGUCAAGAGGAUGCCAAAGAGAGUUCUGAGAUAUCAAAUCCUGAAGAGACCAUGGUAUCCAAAGCUGAGGCAAACUCCGAUGGUUCUGAAGGGGAACAGGCUGAAGGGUCUGACUCUGAUCAAAUAAAAAAGAAUAAGUCUACCAAGAAAGUAAAAUCGACUUCGCAUGGAAAGAGGCCUAAGAAAGGGAAGAGCUCAAGUAAAAGGGACAAAUUAGAAGAAGAAAAGGAGGAGUCAGAUGAAGAGAUGCAUGAUCAUAGUGAGAGGCAUUCUGAAGAUGCUGAAGAAACUGCCCCUCUAGGAGCUCGAAAUGAUGCCGAAGAAAACAGUUCGAAAGAACAAGAUGUAGGCAAAUCAAGUGGAGAUACAAGAGAGAAGGAUAAUGGAGAAGCGGAAUCAGGUUCUGAAGGGAAUCAAAAUGACAACAAUGAGGAAAGUAGUCCCAAAGGCGUUGAAAAAUCACACGUGGAGUCGACAACUCCUCAUAGCCCCAAAAUUGCUGAGGUUGCUGAUGAUGAGCCACUGAGCAAAUGGAAACAAUGCUCAGGUAAGAAAAGCUCAAGUAAGAAAAGCUCGGUGAAGAAGCGAUGACCAGUUUGGCUGCUGAAGCACAAACAUCUGUAGAUUGCGGCAAUAUUAGUUGUGGACAGCAUGUCAUCUGUUCAAAGUGAAGUACAUGUCUAUGUUGUGAAUGAUGACUUCCAUAUGUGUUCACUCACAAAUAGAUGUGCUUAUCAAUCAUGUCUUGUAGCAUCUUUUGUAGAAUGUACAAUAACAGGUGUCAUUCCCACGUUUCGGCGAAGUUAAAAAGAUGUAAAAGAAAACGUUGACGACGGCACUUAGGGAUUUUUAGGAUUGUGUUCUACGAAAUGACCUUGUGUUGAUUUAGGUGAUAGGUUUAGCAUAUGAUUCAUGAGGGUGUUGUUCAUCCUUCCAUCAUAAUUAAUUUAGUGGGGAAAAACAUGUACAGCUAUACGUGGGGAUAUAAAUUGUACUCCUUGUAUCAUUUGCUUAUUCAUACUUCUCUAGUCCUAGCAUCCAUGGAAAAAUAUGACCUUACCAUUAACUUGAAGGUGUUGUGUUACACAUGGUUAUGGUUUGUGAACAUCCUCUCUGAAUUCUUAAAUGUGGACUGAAAUGAGUUUCAUUAUCAUGAUGAUGACUUUGAAUUUUCAUGGUAAUGUAUUCUAUGAAUCUUUGGAACUA